AUGGCCCGUAUCGGAGGGAUUUCUGGCCCCGUAGAGCAUGAUUUCCAGGCCGGCGUCGAUAUGCCGGAUCUUGGCGUCCGUGCCGGCCCGGCUGUCCACGGCGUUCGUACUGUCGCCCAGCCGGAUUCCGCACCGCCGGAAGGCACUGCGCCACUCCUUGGGCGUGCCCACGUUGGCCACGAUGGCCAGGGCGUCGAGGGGGCCCCGGCAAGAAGGCCUCUGCAGAUGAGCCCUGCUGACCAGAGUUUGUCAGAAGAAUCUGUCGAGCCCCAGAGGGGGGGACCUGUCGAGGGGCAUCUUUGGACGCUAACCACCCUCAGAGCAGCUUUGGGUGAUGUUGGAAGUGAUGAGGAUGGAAAGAAUCUUUGCGAGCUCUGGUACGGCAAGUACGAUGGAAGUUUCAUGAUGCACCAAACAACGACUGACAUGAGAGGAAGAAGAGCAGCAGAUAUUGGCCCUUUUGGCCCUUUCUCCGGAAACCUCUACGUCGCCAUCAAAGUUCAGAACCUCUGCGGUUGA